AUGGGAGCCGAGGAAACUGCUCCUGUGGACGAAAAAUCAGUUAUGGUCGUUAAGGUCCAAGACGACGAUGAUCCUGCUCGGACGAUGAGCAACGAUGAGGAACAAGCAGUCCCAAAAGUUGCUGCUCCCGUCUCCAUUGGAGCCAACAUGGAACUGGGCAAAUUUCAAUUUGUGAUGGUGCUGGUCUCACUCGUUUCCUCCAUGUUUCUUUUCGCUCUGGAUACCUCAAUUAUCAGCACUGCAAUCCCAACUAUCGCAAGUGAAUUUCAGUCUUUGGAUCUAGUCCCUUGGCUUGGAACGGGUUACUAUCUCGCAGCGACUUCCACGUCACCACUCUAUGGUCGAUUCGCUGAUGUGUUUGGCCGCAAACCAGUUUUCCUCGUCGCGGUCUUCCUUUUCGAACUCGGCUCACUAAUUGCAGGCCUUUCAACCUCAAUGAUAAUGCUCAUUGUUGGACGAACAAUUUGUGGCCUCGGGGGCGGGGGCAUAUUCAGUCUUGUCUUUAUUAUUGUUUCUGAUAUCGUCAGCAUGCGUGAUCGAGGAAAAUACACUGGACUUUUCUCCAUGACGUUUACCAUCUCGUCUGUGAUUGGACCAUUGCUAGGUGGAGUCUUUACCGAAAAGGCGACUUGGCGCUGGGUAUUCUUUAUCAAUAUCCCUUUCGGAAUCCUUGCAAUGACUCUCGUUGCCAUCUUCUUACCGAGAAGGGCAAGCGCUGUAGGAGGCAGAACUAUGAUGGACAAACUGAGGAGGAUUGACUACCUUGGGUCAUUGCUCUUGAUCUUGUGCAUUGUUUCUCUUCUUAUUCCAUUGCAAAGUGGAAUAGAAUGGGGAUGGAGUGCCCCUCAGACUAUAGCCCUGUUCGUCUUGUCCGCAGUCUUCUUAAUAGCUUUUAUCGUGGUGGAAAAUGUAGUGAAAGAGCCUGUCGUCCCGCCAAAGGUGUUCCAAAACGUAACGGUUGUAGCAUCGUUUGCCCUUGGUGCUUUUACCGGAAUGGCUUUCCUCGGGUUGCUUUACUAUGUUUCGAUCUAUUUUCAAGUAACGGUUGGAGACUCGGCGACGACUGCCGGCCUAAAAACAAUUCCAUUCGUUUUUGGAGUCAGUAUCAUCUCACUAGUGUCUGGAAUCAUGAUUUCCGUGUUUGGGAUCUACAGACCAUUUUUGUGGUGUGGAGGUGUAAUUUUAACGGGUGGUGCUGUGAUGAUGUCGUUUAUGAACGCUACAUCACCACUUUGGUUCCAGUCAAUUGCCCAGCUCCUUGCCGGUGUAGGGGUUGGUCUCGUUUUUGGAGCUAGAAUAAUAGCAGUUCAAGCUGCUGUGUCUCGUGAACUCAUCGCCGUCGCUGUUGGGCUUACCAGUUUCUUUCAGCAGUUGGGCUCCGUUGUUGGAGUCGCAACUGUUGGUGCCAUCUUCCAAGAUUUGCUAGUAAAGAAUUUGGCGAGAGACCUUCCAACCCUCAACCCUCAACUAAUUGCCAACAAUCCUCAAUAUGUUAAAACGCUUCCAUCGGAUCAAAAAGCCAUAGCCAUAUCGGCUUAUGUGUCAGCGAUAGAUAGUGCCUGGCGACUUGCCAUUGCAUUUUCGAUCUUGGUGCUCAUAUGCAGUCUAUUCAUCAAAAAUUAUCAACUAGGAUCAUCUAGUGCCCAGAAAAAGAAGGAAGCAGCGGCUGCAAAGGCGUCUGACCCGUCCGUACCUCUAACUUCUGUAGCAGGAAAGACUGAUGCCUAA